UACAGGGGUAACGGUGUGAUCAUUCUCGGCGGCGGCGAUCUUUCGUGGCUGGCGCUGCUGUGCACGAGAAUGUUUAGACGGAUGGGCGGAUCCUUGCCUGUUGAGAUGAUGCUGCCGCGGAUGUCUGACUAUUUGCAAGACCGCGAGAUCUGUGACAUUUAUCUUCCACAGUUGAACGCAAAGUGCGUGGUGAUGACCGAACAACUGGGCAUCAAGACGGCCGAGGAGGAAGAACUGUUUUUCACAGAUUUCAACAUCAACUCCAACAUGUAUAGGUCGCUGGCCCUGCUGACGUCCAACUACCAGAACGUGCUACUCCUGGAAAGCGAAACGCUGCUCAUCAAGUCUCUGGACGAGUCCAUUUUCACCUCUGAGCCAUUCAACUCACACGGUCUGGUUCUAUGGCCAGACUUCUGGAAAAGAAAAACGUCUCCUUUCUGGUAUCUUGCGGCCGGUCUCUCAGUGGACAACACGCUGGUUCGGGACUCUGUGAUCGAGCUGCCAGAAUCAAAAUAUGUCACCUCGUCCAAAGCAGAGAGCGUUUUCCCACUGCACGACCGUCGCGGAGCCAUUCCCGACGUCUCCAAUGACAGCGGCGAGCUGAUGAUUAACAAAAAAGCCCAUUGGAAAACCAUGCUGCUUGCUCUGUACUAUAAUCUGUACGGUGAGGGCUAUUUUUACCCGCUCCUUGUCCAGGCAAGCUCAUCAGGAGAAAAAGAGACGUUUGCCGCUGCUGCCACCGCGCUCAAAAUGCCAUACUAUCAAACAAGAACAGCCACGGAAGCCAACGGUUUUUGGUAUAACGGCGAGUUCCGCGGCGUGGGAAUGCUCCAGUUCGACCCAACUGUGGACUUU